CAUUAUAAAUAAAUUUUGAGCCUUUUUGUUAUGUGUGCAUACCGUCAACAAGUUUAAAACGUAAAUGCGAAAACUCGCGGGGCACCGAUAGCUGCAUGCAAGGGAUAGCGGCUUGAAAGCAGACACAGUGCGUGAAAUUUGCUUGCCAACAUCGGAGAAUCGGCUGUUUUCGCUCCUCAUUGCCACUUGUCAAAGUGUACCGAAAACGAACGACUGCAAAUUUGGCUGGUGCAUCGAAAAGUCGUGCGGUCGAGGAUCGACCGGCUCAAAAAUCCAGGCGGACGGAACACGGUGAAGAUUCGAACAGAAGCUAAACUACUCGCCAAGCGCCAGGCAGCAGCGGAGUGCGCCAAAAUCUCCAUUCCCCGAAUCGCAACCGUGCUCCAUCGUCGGGAGCAUUGGAAUCGCGCCGAAAUCGGAAAAUAAAUCCCGGAGAAAGCUACCAACCAACGGACCGCUUCUGUAGCUGGAAACGCGGCGUCAGUGAGCGGCAUAAUCGAUCCUAGUGGUUCGAGACAGCGGUGGAGACACGUCCAACAGGCCGACCCACGAAUCGUACACGUGAUCCACUGGAACAAAUUACUGAGCUGUAGGCCACGAGCUUGAGAAGCGUUGCUGGCGAAGGGAGGAGGCGAGAUUUGCGAAUCACCGGCCGGAUGUGAGGUUGGUGGCUGCGGAGAAGCUGAUCCCGUCACGAAGCAGCUGGAUUGCCAGAGACCAGGUGGCAAGAACUAGUUGGCAUCGAUCUCCAAAAAUAUCAUUUUCCGAGCGAGACCGUCGCUUCCCGGAGUGAUCCCAGCCAUACGCACAAACGGUGCGAAACAGAAAGCCCUCCAAUAGAGGGCUUUUUGUUUACAGCCCCAACACGUCGCAGCGCUCUCGAACAACAAUCGGAUCGGAAUCCGGCAGCGAGUAACGGAAUGCUUCGAAGGUAGGCCGUCCGCGAGGAGGGCAUUACUGGACCUAUAGUCUAGAUCCACCGCGGAGCGUUGGUGGCCACGUUCCGAUUCCUGCGGAUUCGGUUUCGGAUACAAUUGCAUGUACACAGAUCCCGCAGCUAUUCGACGAGGAGUGGCACCGGGGUUUCGAGGCUCGUCGGUGAGGAAGACGACAGCUCUGAAGAAGCGAGGAAGCAGCCAAGAAGAAGAGAAAGGGUGCACCCAAGAAGAUAUGAGUGAGUACGUAAACUGGGAAAGAGAAGAUGAAUGAGAAAAGGCAAGGAAGAGAAUCAGCAUAGGAGUUAGGGCUCAGAAUGAGCAGUAUUAUGUGAGGAAGGGCAUGGCAAAAUAAAAGGUAUUGCACACUGGAAAUUUGCGUUUGUGGCGUAUUUAUGUUGCUAGCCGGUCCGAUCAAUGCCCCUUUAUUAUCAGCAAAGAUCGUUUCACAACAUUGGCGCCCAACAAAACGAACCAUUUUAGUUUGUGGUUUGUAGAUUUUAGAAUUUGUGUUCUGUUUGUGGCACAAUUCUGUUAUUUUGUAGCACAUUUGUAGAACCUACCACAUUUUUAGUUUUGUCUAGUUGGCUAAUUAAGACCUUUUGGAUCAUGGAUCCAGCAAGCCUGUUAGAAGAAGAGAUCAGUUACGAACUGGCCUUGCGCCACGUAAACAAUCUCGGAGCACUUCCUCGCAGGGCUAGAGCCGUUCGCUUGCGUGCUCUUAUGCAGGAAGAUGAGAUAAAAGGAAUACUUUACGACAAUUCCUCCCACGUUAUGGAUGUGGGGGACAAUAUCAGUCAAUGUCAAUCUCGCGUGCGCGAAUUAAUACCCGAAGUGGAAGCAGCUUUGAAGCGCGGUGAUCUCCCAGCAGUUCGUUUACUACGGUCGCGGUUAGUGCACUAUCGGGACAGACUAUCCAUCGUGGAUCCACCGGUAGCUUUCCUCGACACACACGCAGCCGUGGCGCUUUUAGUGCAGUUUUCCCUGGAAGAUGUGGACGAUGCGCUAGGAAGAACAAAGAAAAGUGCCAGACCAGUGAACAGUGACAGUGCCAACAGAAGCAGUACCGGUGCAGUUCCAAAAGGGACCACACAAUCUUCGACCGUGACUGAAGGAGACUUCCUAGGAUUCGACGAGAAUGGAAAUCCAGUCAACCAUUCGGGUACAUCGAAUCAAGCGUCCAUCAUCCACGCUGAGCAACAACAGCGACAUACAGCAUCUCCAGUGACCGAUCCGAUAGCAGCUAGACCUCAACGCGACAGCUCAACACUCCAUGACAACGAGAGAGGCGCUGCAUCAUUGGAAGCCAUGCGUACCACGCGAGGAAGAGGUUGGAGCGCGGUUGGUCAGCGAGUCGUCCCGAACAACAGGUUUGAAGCGCAGAAAAACUCCAGCUGGCGAGAACCAACGAUGGGCAGCACCAUUCCACCACCGCCAUAUGAACCGAUAAGAACCGAAGCGGGCGAAGCUGAUGCGAGAGGUGACUACAACCAACUGCGGGCCGAUCUACUGCGACAGCUGAACUACAGGCCGCAAGAACACGUUCCAAGACCGCUGUUAGAAGAAAGAAGAACGUUGAAGGCCAUCCAUAACUGGCCGUUCAGAUAUAAGGGCGAGAAGGAUGGGUCGUCGCUGAACACCUUUCUGCAACGUGUCGAAAUCUUCGCUGCAUCGGAAGGAGUAACGGAGGACGUGCUGCUAAGGAACGUCAAACAUCUGCUUCUGGACGACGCGCUCAACUGGUACAGCAGUGUCUACGUGUCGGGAGAGUUGGUAACCUGGGACGAUUUCAAGCGGCUGAUCAGGCAAGAAUUCUUGCCGGCGAGCUACGCCUACAUUCUGCGGGCCGAAGCAUACCACCGCUUGCAGGGCGAAGAAGAGCCGUUCUCCAAAUUUUACCAGGAUAUUUCCACUCUCUUCCAAUACGUGGAUCCUCCGGUGACUGAUCAAGAGAAGCUGUUCAUCAUCAAGAAGAACAUGAACUCCACGUACGCUCCGAUUGCCGCAUCACACCACUCCAUACGUCUGUUGGUGAAGGCGUACAAGGAACUAGACGAACUCCGGAAGCUACAGCAUCAUCAGCGACGCAUCUCGCUACCGUAUGGGGCACUGAUUGAACCAGCGCUGGCUACACCAAACUCUUCGCUGCGCCCGUCGAAGCCACAACCACCGCUCCAAAGAUUUGGAAAGGUUCACGCUUUGGAAACGGAAAGUUUUCACAGUUAUGGAGAAAGCAGUUCGCCAACAGCCUACGGUGCAGAAGCAGAACAGGUAGCGCAGGACGAAGAUAAGAUGGACCAGCGGAUGGAAGCCCUGUUACAACAGGUAAAUGCGUUGAAGCUGAGAUUCGACCGCCGAGAAGCAGUAGGAAAACAGUCGCCCAACCAACAGUUCCCACAAAUGCCAACGAGCAAUCCUAACAACCAGCGCCAAGUUCCUGAGGCAAACAACGCUCGUGAUCCACCGGCGGCGAUGAUUUGCUGGAACUGUGACGAAGGGGGACACCGGUUCAUGGACUGCGCCAAACCCCAGGCAGUACUGUUCUGCUAUCGCUGUGGACAAAAGGGAUUCUCGUUGCGAAGUUGCCCGACCUGUCUUCAACGCUCGGGAAACGCACAAGCGGGGAGCCAGUAACAGAGGGU